AUGGAAAGGAAACGAAGUGAACGGGAUACGCAGAAAACAUUUGGUGCUAAAACGGAUGUACUUUUACAGACCCAAGCGAUACCACAAGUUGAAUUUGAACGGAUAUUGGACCAACUACAAAAGCAGUUAAAUGUUCCACAUCGAAGAUAUAAGCCAAUAAUUGAAAAACAAAUGGAUUUUGCACGAUUCCUUCAUGAAAGACUCAUUCAUUUACGAAAUUUAUCUCAACCUCGAAAGGUUUCUCAUCAAAAUGAGGAAAAUUCUGAUGAUGGGGAAACGGUAUCUGAUUUAGUGGCGAAUGAAUCAAGAACUAUGCAUGCGCAAGAUCUAUCAAUAACUGCUCAACUUGAUAACCUUUCGAUUUCCGAAAGUGCGCCGAACAACAUUACCUCUGAAUCAACACCUAUUUCAGCGAGUCAAAUUCAAAUGGACAUUAAUAACUCUGUAAUUGGUAGCUUUCCAUCGUCUGACACGUUCAAUGGAGAAAUGACCAAUAUUGAAGACCGUCUACGUGGGAUGCAUAUGGAAGACAGUUGA